AUGCCAGAGAAGCUGAACGACCCAGAGAGUUUUGUUUUGUCUUGCAAGAUCGGUUCUACACACUUUCACAGAGCACUUUGUGAUUUGGGCUCUAGUGUGAACUUAAUGCCUUACUCAGUGGCCAAGCUAUUGGGCAUUACUGACUUCAAACCUACAAAAAUAUCCCUAGUCUUUGCAGACAGAUCAGUUCGCCGCCCUGUUGGUGUUAUAAUGGAUGUUCCAAUCAUGGUUGGAGAUUGCUACAUUCCUGUUGACUUUGUAGUUCUUGAGCUGGAAAAUCAACCUAAGGACCCUCUUAUCCUGGGAAGGUGA